UCGUGAGAGAGACGUGCGAAAAAAAGCGGGCAAGUUUGCAAAAAACGUUCCAAAAUUCGGUUUUAGCACUCAAAACCCAAAAAAUCCGAUCAAUCAAACCACUCACCCUCUCUCUCUCAAGCUCUCAGCUAUAUUCAAAAUUUUAAACCUCCAAUUCUUCUCCGAUUCAUCACUCACUCACACCCCCUCACAUCAAACCCCUGAUUUUCCCGCGAUUUCAAGAACUCAUUUUAUUUUUCGAAAUUCUUUACUGAUUUGAAAAAAACUACUAAAAAUGGUGGUGGUGAGUGCCGAGCAAAAAACAACGGAGAAGAAGAGUCCAGAAACAGUCAAAAUGGAGAGAAGAGUGAGUCCGAGGCUACAGGCGUCGGCUAAACAGAGAGCUGAGAAGAAAGAGUUGGUUAGAAAACGAGUUGAGUUGUUAAACGAGUCAGAGGAAAGCCUCAGUAAAAAAAGAGCCGGUGUGCAUCGUAAUCGAAGAGUAAAUGUGCAAAACACAGACGAAAAUAAAAAUGUACCGGCGGACAAAGAAGUUCACGACGUUACUAAAGUGAUCGCAACUGAAUCUGAAACAGUUAAUAAUACUGCGGCUGUCGUUGCUGUUACUGGCGGUGACGGCGGUGGUGCUGUAGUAGAGAAGAGUGUUUACGCUAGGGUUAAGGAAACCCUAAGACUGUUCAACAAGCAUUAUCUACACUUUGUUCAGGAAGAGGAGACAAGGUGUGGAAAGGAAGCUGUUGAUAAAGAGAAGGCGUCGAAAAAAUCGAAAUCAAAGAAAGUGAAAUCCGACGGUGAACAUAGUAAGAACAAAUCUAAGCGUCCGGAUCUAAAAGCAAUGUCGAAGAUGAAGGAGGCUAAGGAAGUGUUGUACCCUAAGAAAAGAAUCGGCAACCUUCCAGGUGUUGAUGUUGGACAUCAGUUCUAUUCACGAUGUGAGAUGGUCGCUGUUGGUUUUCAUGGCCACUGGCUGAACGGGAUUGACUCUAUGAGCGUGUUAUAUAGUAAGGAAUACAAAGACUAUACAUUACCUGUUGCAGUGGCAAUUGUUUUAUCAGGAAUGUAUGAGGAUGACUUGGAUAAUGCAGAGGAUGUUGUCUAUACUGGUCAAGGUGGUCAUGAUUUGAAUGGAAAGAAGCAUCAAAUUCGUGACCAGACUAUGACUCGUGGUAAUUUAGCCCUCAAGAACUGUGUAGAGCAAAAUGUGCCUGUACGUGUUAUUCGUGGCCAUGAAUCUGCCAGCAGCUACAGCGGCAAGGUUUACACUUAUGAUGGGUUGUACAAGGUUGUUCAAUACUGGGCAGAGAAAGGCAUAUCUGGCUUCACUGUUUAUAAGUAUCGUCUGAGGAGGCUUGCAGAUCAGCCAAUGUUGACCACUAACCAGGUUCAGUUUGUUAAUGGGCGUGUACCUCAAUCACUUUCUGAUAUUAGAGGAUUGGUCUGCAAGGACAUUAGUGGAGGUCAAGAACGUAUUCCAAUCCCAGCUACAAAUUUGGUUGAUGAUCCACGUGUUCCACCGACAGGUUUGACAUAUUGCAAGGAUCUUCAAGUUUCAAAGAAUAUUAAGCUUCCUACCAGUGCUGCUGGUUGUAAGUGCAAAGGAGCAUGCAGAGAUCCUCGUACAUGCGCUUGCGCCAAGCUAAAUGAUUAUGAGUUUCCCUAUGUGCAUCGUGAUGGUGGCAGGCUAAUUGAAGCAAAGGCUAUUGUCUUUGAAUGUGGUCCAAAUUGUGGUUGCGGACCUGAUUGUGUCAACCGGACAUCUCAAGGAGGCCCGAAGUUUCGUUUUGAGGUUUUCCGUACCCCAAAGAAAGGGUGGGCCGUGAGAUCGUGGGAUUUUAUACCAUCUGGGGCUCCAAUCUGCGAGUACAUAGGUGUGCUGAAGAAAACGGAGGAAUUGGAUAGUGCCACUGAAAAUUGUUUUAUAUUUGAUAUUGACUGCUUACAGACCAUGAGGGGCCUUGGUGGAAGAGAGAGACGGUUAAGAGAUGUUUCUGUACCAACAGUUAACACGGGUAGAGCUGAUGAUCAGAAAUCCGAAAGCGGGCCAGAAUUUUGCAUUGAUGCUUGUACCACUGGAAAUUUUGCCAGGUUCAUAAACCAUAGCUGUGAGCCUAAUCUGUUUGUUCAAUGUGUUUUGAGCACACACCAAGAUCUCAAACUUGCUCGGGUAAUGCUGUUUGCGGCUGACAAUAUACCUCCUUUGCAGGAGCUUACAUAUGACUAUGGAUACGCUCUUGAUAGUGUCUCUGGCCCGGACGGAAAAAUUAUCCAGAUGGCAUGCUACUGUGGUGCAGCAGGCUGUAGAAAACGCUUAUUCUAGUUUCUGCUGCUGCUGCUAUUCUUUUUGCUAUACAAGUAGAACUGGGCAAAAUGUGGAAAGCUGAAGGCAGUACUAGGUAUGUUGCAGUUUUGUACAUCAUUUAAUUUUCUGCCAGCAUAUACUGUUUUUGUGCACUCCAAUCCCAGAUGCCAUUUUUGGUAGGGUUCAUAAACUUGAUUGAAUCCUGAAUGACAUACGUCAACUAAAAUGAUAAUAUACAUAUCUGAUGACAAAAAAAGAAAAAGGAAAAGGCUAUUCUGUAUAUGGUGAUUGCGGGAAGUUUUAAAGUAACACUUCCUUUACAACGGAUCUAUUCAUUUAAUGAUUCAAAAUUUCAGCGAGAGCCGUGGGUAAUUGCUACAUUUAUGUAAAUCUUGUGUUUCUACCCUAACUUAACCUUUGUAUGAAGGUUAGCCAAAUUAAUUCGGGGUGGUUUGAUUCCACAUAAAAAAUGAAAAUGAGAUUGAGGAUGGAUGCCAUUGGGUACUUCACUCAUCUUAAAAAAAUAUUAUUCACUGUUUUUAUUUUAGAGUGUUAUUAGAGUUAAUUUUUCUGUUUUGUCACUUACCUAUCGAUUAAUGCUGUAAUUUGUAAUCUUUUAAUUGCAAUCUUUUUUGCAUUUA